UUCAGCGUCUGUCACGUCAGUCUUUGUUUUAGUCUCAAAGCUCUUGUUUAUUUUUUUGUUUGUUUGUGUGAAAAUCUGCUUCAUUAGUUCCAGGACGUAAAGACUUCGAGUGUUGCACUUUUUCGGAAUCCACUUUGGCACGUUACAAAUGUCAGUCAAGCUAGCGAGCAGGUUAGCUUCAGAUGAAGUUAGCUGUCAGGCUAAGCAGCGUUAGCUUCCAGGAACCCAAAUGUUUGCAGACUGAGUGGACGUAGGGGCAGUUUGGAGUUCUUUGUCUACUUCCCUCGGCACUGCAGCUGUACACUGACAGGUGCAGGUCAGAUAUGACUAAGAGAAGCCCGUCCCUUCACCUCAUCAAAAGGAUGCUGAACCAUCACUGCAGAAGGAACCCUGAGCUUCAUGAGGAGCUGCAGAUCCAGGCUGCAGUGGCAGCCGGAGAUGUCUGUACCGUAAGGAGAAUGCUGGAGCAAGGCUAUUCGCCCAAGAUUCGUGAUGCCAAUGGCUGGACUCUGCUACACUUCUCUGCUGCUAAAGGAAAGGAGAGAUGUGUUCGUGUCUUUCUGGAACAUGGUGCUGACCCCACAGUGAAGGACUUCAUCGGCGGCUUCACAGCACUUCACUAUGCUGCUAUGCACGGCCGAGCGCGCAUCGCUCGACUUAUGCUGGAGUCAGAGUUUUGCAGUGACAUUAUUAACGCUAAAAGCAACGAUGGCUGGACACCGCUCCAUGUAGCCGCUCAUUAUGGCCGAGACUCAUUUGUGCGGCUCCUCCUUGAGUUCAGGGCCGAGGUUGACCCGCUCAGUGACAAAGGCACCACGCCGCUACAGCUGGCCAUAAUUCGUGAGCGCUCCAGUUGUGUUCGGAUCCUCCUUGACCACAGCGCCAACAUUGACAUUCAGAACGGGUUUCUGCUGCGGUACGCUGUCAUCAAAGGCAAUCACUCAUACUGCCGAAUGUUCCUGCAGAGGGGAGCAGACACCAAUCUCGGGCGUCUCGAAGACGGACAGACACCGUUGCACCUGUCAGCCCUCAGGGACGAUGUGUUGUGUGCUCAGAUGCUCUACACAUACGGAGCAGAUACCAACACCAAGAACUACGAAGGCCAGACACCAGUUGCUGUGUCAGUUAGCAUGUCUGGGAUCAGCCGGCCGUGUCUGGACUUCCUGCAGGAGGUCACCAGGCAUCCUCGGACUCUGCAAGACUUGUGUCGGAUAAAAAUCCGUCACUGCAUUGGUCUACAGAGCUUAAAGUUCCUGGAGGAUCUACCAGUUGCAAAAGUUAUGAAAGACUAUUUAAAACACAAGUUUGACAGUGUGUGAUGACAUCGGUAUGUGGGUGUGGCCAACAGUCUCGGGUCUGAUUUAAGACUAUGCAAUCACCCAGUUCCCUGGUCAGAAGAACGGUCAUGUAUCCACCUGAGGUAUUCAGAUGAAGUUCUGUGUAUCAGACCUUUUUGUGUGCUCAUGUGACAUUACCUCAUGUUUGGGGGCCAAAUCAACACUCUCACUGCAGAGUUAAAAGACACUGCCUGGAAAAAAUGAUGGCUUUUUAAGGAGCUCCUAAAAGGACAUCAGAACAAAAAAAAAACAUUUACCAGAGACGGGUACUGGAUAUGCUUUUGAUAGGUCUCAUGCCGUAGUUUUUGAUGAGGUUGAUAUGAUGUAUUUCCCUUUGGGCUCAAUGGCAGUCACGUCAUUUUCCCACAGUUGGCAUGGGCAGUAGAUGUCAUUUGUCUUAUCGAUUUGUAAAAGACUACAUUCAUUUUUUUUUUGCUACAUUAUGGUAAGCCUGUAGCCUGUGUUUCAACUUUUAAUAUAAAUUAAAAGUCUUUAUUUUUUUAAGUAUUUUUUGCACAAUUUUUAAUUUUGUUCAUUCUCUAGUGGGUUAGUUUGCUGAAUUCUUGUCUUGCAAAAUUAUUAUGAGAUCCUUCAAAAGUAUAUCCAGUGCUCCAUAAGCUUUUAUGCUUUUUCAUGGCAUUAAAUCAAAACAUUAUACACAUUAAUCUAAAACAAAUCCACAAAACAUGAACACGAUUAAAUCAACUCAUUGUUAUGGAUUACAUCAGUUAAUAUAACACUAGUAAAUCAUCACUUUCACAGCCAGCUGGUUUUACUAGAUAAGUAACUGGUGGAUGUUGUAGUACACCUCAUAUCAGGAGGCAGUUCUCCAAAACUGAAGGGAUGUGAAGAAGGAGAUGCAUAGGAAGCCCCCAAGACACACGUGACAACUCAGGAGUUAAAGGCUUUAGCUGUGACUGGAGAAAUCAGGAAGAGGUGAGACUGUAUGGAAAAUGCAAAUAAAUAAAAAAUGUUUUGUAUGGUCAGCUUAAUUUUAUUUGUUUCAUUCAUUUAUUUCAGGCCUGGAAGACAUUCCAAAGAAAGUUGUGAUGGGGUCAAUUUAGGGCAAGUAAUGAAGUGAAAAAAAUUAAAUGAUGAUGAUUUCAAACAGGCAAUUGUAAGUCUUGAUUUGUUACAAAGCCAGAAUACCCUAAAGGCUGAGACUUUGAGGAGCAAAAAUGGUCAGAGGAUCUUCAGUUUGUCAACACAUGCAGCAGAAAAUUAUUGAAAUGUUUCAACACAUUGUUCAUCAAGGGGAAGGGAUUUGCAGGACUGGCCUGCUGCAGUCCUGACCAAUCUACAAUAGAGGAUCUGUGGAGAAUUCAGAAAUGAAAAAUGCAACAUUUGCAGGAACAGUCAGACAAACUAAGGGCCCCUUCACACAUAACACGAAAGAUGCAGACACCAGAAGAAAAUCCACGAACCAGAAACAAAAUGGGGAACCGCAAAACAUUUCACCUGCUGUCGGGAGGGACGCACGGUCAGACAGGCGUGCACGAUACCGCGGCAACGGUUUGGUGCACGCUCUUGUUCCUGCGUACGAACACAGUACGAGCACGUGGAAAGUCUCGCACACAGCAGCAGAGUAAAAAAUUAAUACACCACCACAAUUUAUAAUACUUAAUUCCUGUUAUAAAGAGUGGAUUAGUGGAUUUAGCCUCCAUCUAGACGUACACCAGGAAGUGAUGAAAUAACAUGGACUGUUCUCCCUUUCAUGAUUUACAUGAAUUAUCUGAUGCGCUCCUCUCAUGAAGACAUCAGCUGGGCUCUCGUCUUAUGAAGAGGCAGCUCUCGUGUCAUGAAAGCAUCAGCCGGCAUGGCGUGUCCAGUGCGCAGUGAUCCGCCUGUGACCGUGUUGCAAAUGUGAUACUUGUUUUAAUUAUUACAGUGUGGGGAAAUCCCACAGUGACAAACGCCUCGUGGUGGUUCUCAGCAUGGCACGCAGCUGAUGCACUGCAACGCAUGGCGCGGCAGUCAACUGAAGCGAUAUAUUUUAAUUUAUUCCCAUGUGAGGUCAGCAAUCUGACAUCCACGCUCGCGUGGACAUGCCCAUCUGUUUGUUCAGCCCACAGAACAAAGUGUCACUCUCCUUGUCUUUGCUCUGUGACUACUUAUUUUGGUUAUUUAUAUAAUUGUGUAUGUUGUUAUUGUAGUAAUUAUUUUUAUACCUUUCCUGGCUGUGUUCUCUGUGUUUUUAAUGUAACACGUCGUGUGCAUGGAGCCGUCAUUUGAAGCUGUCAGUGAGUGGCUGGGCAGCGAUCAGCUGAGAGGCGCCUUGCCUCAGACGUGUGCACUCAGACGUGGCUGGCCGGUCCCCAUGUGAUCAUGUCUGUACAUAAUUAUCAGCAUUUGAAGCAAGUGUGCCCCCCCCCCAAACAUGCCACGUGUUUCGGGGGGGGCACAAUACACAUGCACGCCACGUGUUGAGGCGGGAGCCGAGACUCUGGCACACCACACUUACACACAUUUCACAGACAGCUCGAAUGUGGUUGCCUGCUAUCUACUAUCAUGCCAGGAGUGCGAAUAGCCCCGCCUUUGCUAAGUGCCCGGCAAGCAGUGUUAGAUGCUUGUGUGUGGCACCUGGAAUUUGACACGUGCCGAGAGAGGGUUUGAAUGGACACUCGGAGGGCAUUUGCUGUCUUUCGGGCCGCCUGUGUGUGCGAAUGGUUUUUGCGGCAGCUCCGAUUUUUCAUGAGUGGCAUGCAGUUCCUCCUUCGUGCACCAGUCAGCUUCAGUCGUGUUAUUUGUGAACAGGCCCUAACGUGAAACGCUUCAUGACUUGGUGUCCUCAAUGUGAAAACAUCUCUUAAGUGUUGUGAGAAGGAACAGCGACAUAACAAAGUCCAACUUUUUUGGGAAUCUGUUGCAGCCCUGAAAUGCAUGAAUGGAUGAACAUGAAUAAAUGAAAUGAAGUUGACCAGAAAACAAA